UUCUUAAACCCUUUCCCUGACCAGUCCUCAGCAGCUGAUCCAACGGGCAGCUGCGCUUUUCUCCUAAUCAAGAAAACAACAGCAGCCGUCCGAUCUGAACAAGGGUUUAGUCACAGUCCUCUCACUACACACGCCCCCCCUUGUUUCUUCUCUUCUAUUCUAUUGCCAACGUUCUCUGCAGGUCAAGAAACAGAGUGAUAUUGUCUCAAGAGGUUGGAAGGUUAUACUGAAUUGAAAAUGUCUGGGGAGAAGAAUAUCGAAGCAACUGAGCUGAUAGCGCCUGGUCCCAUAUCCGAUUCCACAGUGAAACUUUCUGAAAAAGAUAUGGGGAAAGAUGGAAUUCCUUCCAAUUCAAUUUCUUCUGUUUCUGCUGCUAGCGAUACUGUGUCAGGAAGCAAAGUGGUUGAUCAGGCGUCGGCUUUAGAGCAUGGGGUUUAUUACCCAGCUACGAGCUGUUAUGAUUACUACUAUCCAGGAUACAAUUGUACCUUUGCACAGUCAGAUGACAAAGGCUAUUUUAAUGCGGCUGGUGGUUCUUACAGAGGCAUUCAGUCAGAUAAUACUUCCCUCCUUUAUUACCUUCCUGGCUAUUCUUAUGCAACUGGAUAUAUGGGGGUUGAUGGAAAGCCUACUUACGCAUCAUCCGAGUAUCUUCAGCAGCCCUGCUCAUAUGGAUCAGAAGCCUUUCCGUGCUACUCAUAUGAUUCAACUUAUUCUGGAAGUGGUUCAACUGGCAAAGCUGCUGGAUCCGACUCUGUGAAGUCAAGUGGACAUAACAUUGCUAAAACAAAUACCAAUCUCUCAAGCAAGACUUCAGCAUUGCCAUAUAAUUCAAAAGUUCAACAGCCGGCUAAUGUUUCAAAGUCUGUUUAUCAAAAUCAGCCUCUAAAGUCACUGAAUAAGUUAGGAGGUGGUUUCCAGUCCACUGGCCUCAUGAAGGGAUUUCACCCUGCUACUAAGUUCUCAUCAUUUGCAAACCGAAACUCUGGUGUUUUUAUGCAAUAUGGUCCAGUGCAUUACCAAUCAAAUGGUAGAGUAUGGAACAACAAUUACAGGUACAGGUCACGAGAAAGUUUUGGGAGAAAUGCAGAAUUCGAAGCGUUAACAGAGUUAACUCGUGGCCCCAGGUCUGACAGUAGGAACAAUACCCCAAAGGUGUCCGCUGAGGGACGGACCGGGCUGCCUAUUGAUACAGAUAAAUAUAACUUAAAUGAAUUUCAGAUAGAAUAUGAUGAUGCAAAGUUCUAUAUUAUAAAGUCGUACAGUGAGGAUGAUGUUCACAAAUGCAUCAAAUAUGAUGUUUGGUCAAGCACUCCAAACGGAAACAGGAAAUUAGAUGCUGCUUUCCGCGAGGCAGAUGCUAAAACAAGUGAAACAGGCACAAAGUGUCCCGUAUUUCUAUUUUUUUCAGUGAACGGUAGUGGACAGUUUGUGGGAGUUGCCGAGAUGGUCGGACAGGUUGAUUUCAGCAAAAAUAUGGACUUUUGGCAGCUUGAUAAGUGGAAUGGUUUCUUUCCUAUUAAGUGGCACAUAAUUAAAGAUGUCCCCAAUGCACUAUUGAAACACAUCAUCCUUGAGAACAAUGAAAAUAGGCCUGUAACUUACAGCAGGGAUACCCAGGAGAUUGGAUUGAAACAAGGGUUAGAAAUGCUGAGCAUUUUCAAGACUCACUCUGGAAAGACAUCUGUACUAGACGACUUCAAUUUUUAUGAAGACCGUGAAAAGUCACUCAAAGCAAAGAGGAACUCCAGAACAGCUUCUCAGACCAAUGGUUUUCAAUAUGGUGACCGUAAGAAGCAUUCGGAGGGAGGAAAAGGGAUAAUCCGAGAACAACCCACAAAGACGAAUGAGCCAGAUCCAUCAUCUCUCAUCUCUCUUACCAAGAACCUCUCACUCAAUUCUCAGCCACUGAAGAGCAGUAUAUAGUUAGACGUGCCGUGCCUCCAAGAUGCACAUAGGUUGAUGCUGCCGGAGAAUUCCACAGUUCCAUGAAUUUUUCUUCCCUGAUCUCUCAUUGAGGCUUCUUUUGUCUUGGGUUGUUAGAUUUUGCUGGUAUCGAUUUAGUUGCUAGUCAUCAUCAGUUCACCUUUUCAUUUUUGAUGAUUCAUCAGUUCCCUCAUGAUGAGAGAAAAAGUGUUCUUUUUUGGGUUAAUGUAGUAGUAUCACAAGUAUCUUAGUAGCUGUUUUGCAUUCAUCGGCUUUUUCCUUCUUGAA